AUGAGUAUGCGUAUUUCGGGAUAUAUGCACAUUAAUCGUAGCGAAGCUCGAGAAUUGGGAUUUACAGUUCUCGUGGAUAUGAGAGGAGCAACAUGGUCCACCGUAAAACCCAUCCUAAAAGCCCUUCACGAACAUUUUCCUCCGGGCGUAGUUCAUCAAGCGCUCAUAGUAAAACCCGAUAACUUUUGGCAGAAACAGAGAACGUCAUUGGGAUCACAUAAGUACAAAUUUGAGACAAAUAUGAUUAGUCUAGAGGCCUUGCCAAAAAUUAUAGAUACUUCUCAAUUGACCUCAGACUUGGAGGGUACUCUAAGUUACGACCACGCAAACUGGCUCGAAAGUAGGGUAGCGGUAGAAGAGUUUUCCUGGCAAGCUGCAGAUCUACUUGAUAGGCUUGACGAUCUGCAGGAGGAUUUAGCAAGGAGCGAUUAUGCGGACGAUGUUAGUGGUGCCAAGCAUAAAAUCGACUUACACAAUGAGAUGAAGAAGAAAAUAAUGAAAGCACCAGUAGAGGACAUCGAUUUGCUAGGUCAGAGAUUAUUACAAAAAGUUUGUGGUAACGAUACAGGUCAAGGAGGUGGAGGAACCGGUGGAAGAGACGGAGAAUCACCAAGUGGUAGUAGUAUGGAUAAUGAUAUUAAAAGCUUAGUAAUUCAAAACCUCGAAGCGGUCCACUCCUCUCAAAAACACCUACUUCAACUCUGGCACCAUAAAAAACUGAAACUGGACCAGUGCUUUCAACUCCGCCUCUUCGAACAAGACUGUGAGAAAAUGUUUGAUUGGAUAUGUCACAAUCGUGAGGUUUUUCUAGUAAAUUACGUGGAAAUCGGCCACACUUACCAAUUAGCUAAACAACUACAAGAAGAACAUCAACAUUUUACAAUGAGUUCAAUGAAUGUUUACGUGAAUAUCAGUAGAAUUCUUUCGGUGGCUGGAAGAUUAAUUGAAGGAGGGCAUUACGCUGCUACUCACAUUAGAUCGGUUGCUAAUCGACUCGAUCGAUCUUGGAAGGAUUUUGCUGCUGGAUUGGAUGAACGUACAGCGGUAUUGGCUCUUUCCGUUAUCUUUCAUCAUAAGGCUGAACAAUACGUCGAUAACGUCGGUGCUUGGAAUGGGGCUUGUGAAAAUACCAAUAUACCUACAGAAAUAUUAAUGCUUGAAAACUCAAUUCAUCAACAUCAAAAUCUUUACGAAUCAAUGUGCCAGGCCUAUACAGAGGUAUAUAACGCUUAUCAAGCUCUGCUGAACGGUCUGGACGUGAUGCUCCAAGUGUGCCAUAAUUCCACGACAUCGCAGAAAGAUGCGGCUGACCGGAAAACAAUAACGAAUGUACAUAGCACGAGUAAGAAGCUCCUCUAUCAGUUAGACCACUUGGUGCAGGUCUGCAAUCAACCAGGAACUGAGAGGAAACAU